UUGGUACAGACCGAGCUUCUGUGCAGAUCCCUGUGUCUGAGCAUCCUCUCUGUGCUGCAUGUCAGGGAGCUGAGCCGCUUUGUCUGGAUGCAAUAGGAAUUCUCCCGCUCCAUGCACCACACCACCGGCUGCGGCAGCCAGGCAGCGGGGCAUCUGCGCCUCUCCGUGCCCACUACCUGGGGGGCCUGCGUGUGAUCUGCCGAGGGGGGAUCUUGUGCCUUCAGACCUGGGAUCCUUGGGAGUCAGCUCUGCAGCGUACACAAAGGAUGCACUGAGCAGACGUGAAUCGCUCUCUGUUCCCAGAGCAGGAAGGAUUAGGGAAUGAAUGGGAGACGGAGCUCACUGCAGAGAAUGAAGCUGAUCCGCUUCCCACAAUGAGGCUCCCCUCUGUCCGGUUCUUCUGCAGGUCCUGGCCAGUGAGGGGCCAGGGCCCUGAAUCUGUGUGACCGGUCUGGGACCCCCAGCCUGCUGCAAUGGGUGGGUUAUAAGCGCUGGUAAUGAGGAUUACUGGGGGCAGCCCACCCUGGAGAUGCUGAAAAGAAGGGACAUUCUGGCAAUUGUACUGAUCGUUCUGCCCUGGACUUUGCUCAUCACAGUAUGGCAUCACAGCACUCUGUCUCCGCUGCUCACUACACACAAGGAGGACGGGAGUGAUGGGCGAAGGGAUGCCAGCCAAGGCUCCGAUUCCAGGGAAUAUUGUUCCUCAGAGAGAGACAUUGUAGAAGUUGUUAGGACUGAAUAUGUGUACACUCGGCCCCCGCCAUGGAUGGGCAACCUCCCCACCAUCCACGUCAUCACCCCCACCUACAGCAGGCCGGUGCAGAAAGCCGAACUUACCCGCCUGUCCAACACAUUACUGCAUGUACCCAACCUGCACUGGAUCCUGGUGGAAGACUCCCAACGGCGCACCCCACUGGUCACGCGGAUGCUGCAGGACUCUGGUCUCAACUACACCCAUCUCAACGUGGAGACACCGCGUAAUUAUAAACUAAGGGGGGACACCCGGGACCCACGAAUACCCCGUGGGACUAUGCAGAGGAAUCUUGCCCUGCGAUGGCUCAGAGAGACUUUUAACAAGAACAACAGCCUGCCGGGAGUGGUGUACUUCGCUGAUGAUGAUAACACGUACAGCCUGGACCUGUUUGAAGAGAUGCGAAAUACCCGGAAAGUGUCGGUGUGGCCGGUGGCGUUUGUCGGAGGACUGCGGUACGAGUCGCCCAAAGUCAACGCUGCCGGAAGAGUUUACGGGUGGAAGACGGUGUUUGAUCCGCAUAGACCAUUUGCAAUAGACAUGGCUGGCUUCGCCGUCAACCUGCGGCUGAUCCUGCAGCGGCCACAGGCGUAUUUCAAAUUGCGAGGAGUGAAGGGAGGCUACCAGGAGAGCAGCCUGCUGAGGGAGCUGGUGACCCUGGCCGACCUGGAACCCAAAGCUGACAAUUGCACGAAGAUUCUGGUGUGGCACACGCGGACGGAGAAGCCAGUGCUGGUGAACGAGGGCAAAAAAGGCUUCACAGACCCCAGCGUAGAAAUCUGACAACGGGCCUGCGUUGGAGCUGUUUGCUUGGUACUGUCCGCUGUGUGGGCCUCUUCUGCAGCAGAUGAACUAUGAGAGAAACUAUGGGGGCUCGUUCUCCGGCUCGAGCAUUCCCCGCCCUAGAGCUUGCACGGGAUUCCAUGUGUGUUAUAUUUUCCAAGAAGCACAGCACAUGUGAUGGAGAAAAUGUUGGAGAUACAGCGAUUGAAGGAUGCUGCCUCCUCUUCCAAAGGAUAAUAAACCCCCCCCCCCCCCCCCCCCCCCAAAUAAAAGUCUUGCUUCAGCAUCUUGCUUGACAAUGACAAAUAUGACCUCGGUGAUGGAAUGAAAGCCCAACGUGCUGUCCUAUUGUCUCCCAUUUCUUGCAGUCAGGUGUGGUGUUAGAGUACAGAACUACCAUACAUCUUCAUAUCCACAGAACGCAAAGCCGUUACGUCGCUCACCUGCAGGCGGCGGCGGCUCAGCCAGGUUCCUCUGCUGCCACCCGCUGGUCAUUCCCUUAAUUAGAUAAAUUCAUCACUGUACCUAGACUUUACCCGCCCACUGUAAAUAAACAUAAAGGAUGAGACUCAGUGCACCUCCAACCUCACAUGAGGUUCUAAAAACUCCAUGCACUGAAAAAAAAAUGAAGGAUUCUAUUUACCCUAAAUCUGUCAUUUUACAGCAUAUAUUUGCAACGUAUUUUUAUACAAAAAUUACUUUUAAUUGACAACACAUAAACAAAAUAAUGGUCUCCAGUGUAAUUAAACAGUGCUCGGUCAGACCACACACGUACAGAAUACAAAGGUAUAGCUUGGAAAAUAGCCCUUGUGAUAUUUCACAGCAAGUAUUGAACCGAAAAGCUUACCCCAUCAUGCAGUAAUGCGGACAGCUUGUACACACUGCCCCCUUCUGGCUACAGUGAUGAAUUAUACUUCUAUUAGAGCAAUAUAAUUGAUGCAGAGAUUGGUUAGGAGAAGUACAGUUGCAGAACCUAUCCGUGUCUGUUCCCCAGCAGAAGGAACCUGGGUUACAGAAUGAUGUGCAGUCGCGGGACCCAUCGUUCUGCAGAUGAUUCUUGUUCACAUGCCCUGAGAAAUGCACUUAAUGACAAUGAAGACGAUGCAGAGAAGAGGGAGCACUUAUCAGAAAGAGAAAGGAAUGUUGUGGCCCUCUUACCCCCUUCCCCUCUCCAUGUGCCACUUCUCCUGCAGAUACAACAAGCUGCUGUUUUUAAACAAUUACAGUAUUUUCUUUUAAGGAACGAGAUUUGUUUUUUUUGUUUUUUGCAUAUUUAAAAUGAAAAAAAAAAAAAUUGAAUGUUUGUGAAAAAAAACAACAACGAACCAACCAACCACGUGUCA